AUGACUGUCUAUGACAGGACGCUAGGUAACUGUUGUAAUGAUGUUUGGCUGGAGUAGAUUAGAUCCUUCUGUGGUUCCCACGGCUAGCAAUCAUUUGUUCACUGAUGAAGACGCUCAACUUUGCUGGCACUGAGGAGGCUGUGUAUGAGCGGAGCGACUGGCCUCUCUCGAAGCUCCAAGACUACUUCAAGGAUGAUAUCCUCGCUCUCAUCGGCUAUGGUUCUCAAGGCCACGGUCAAGGUUUGAACGCUCGUGACAAUGGCCUCAAUGUUAUCAUUGGUGUCCGUAAAGAUGGCGAAAGUUGGCAGCAGGCUAUGGAGGAUGGCUGGAUUCCUGGAGAAACACUUUUCCCUAUCGAAGAAGCCAUCAACCGCGGCACGAUCAUCAUGAACCUUCUCUCUGAUGCUGCACAGUCACAAACGUGGCCUAUCAUUGCACCUCUGAUCACCAAGGGCAAGACCCUCUACUUCUCGCACGGUUUCUCUGUUGUAUACAAGGAAGACACAAAAGUUAUACCCCCCAAGGACGUUGAUGUUAUCCUAGUCGCACCUAAAGGAUCUGGCCGUACCGUACGCACCCUCUUCAAGGAGGGUCGUGGGAUCAACUCCAGUGUAGCCGUCUUCCAAGAUGUCACUGGUAAAGCCAUGGAAAAGGCUGUUGCCAUUGGUGUCGCUAUCGGAUCAGGAUACAUGUACGAGACCACCUUUGAGAAGGAGGUUUACUCCGAUCUCUAUGGUGAACGUGGUGUGCUCUUGGGUGCCAUCCAGGGUCUGUUCUGCGCGCAGUACAAGGUACUCCGUGCCAAUGGCCACUCGCCUUCGGAAGCCUUCAAUGAAACCGUCGAGGAGGCCACCCAAUCCCUGUACCCUUUGAUUGGAGAGAAGGGCAUGGACUACAUGUACAAUGCCUGCUCCACAACCGCUCGCCGCGGUGCGCUUGAUUGGGCACCCAUCUUUGAAAAGACCAACACGCCUAUCUUUGAGCAAUUGUACGAGAGUGUGCGGAAUGGCACGGAGACCCGCAAGGCUCUCGAAUUUAACGGCCGCUCGACGUACCGCCAAGAUCUUGCCAAAGAGCUGAAGGAGAUCGACGACCAGGAAAUUUGGCGAGCAGGUAAGGUUGUGCGGUCGCUGCGUCCCGAUUACAAGCCUGAAUAGAUAAAAUUGUGGUUGAAUUGGAGCUGCUUUAACUCAGCUUACUUAUUUAUUUUGUUACUAAAAGUGCCCCGAAACAUGCCAUGUCGGAGAGCACAAUGUACAGAUGUGAUUCUUGAAUAAAUGUUACGACUUGCCAUGGAAC